AUGGCAACCGAAAGACUAAGCUCAGUGCUCCGCCACAUCACCCCCGGCAAGAGCCCCCUCGACACCAUCACACAGAAGAACCCCGACGACAUUGUCAUUACUCUCGCCAUCCGCACACCUCUGACCAAGGCUGGCAAGGGAGGUUUCAAAGACACCCAUCUUGAUGGCCUCGUCUUCAAGCUGCUCGAGCAGGUUGUCCAGGUAAGCUCCUCCAUACACACCUUAGAACCCGCCACAGCUGCUGACAUCCGCCGCNAGAAAUCAAGAAUCGACCCUCAGCUGGUAGAGGACAUCUGCUUGGGCAAUGUCUCGGACGCCAAAGCCGCCUACUACAUCCGCGCCGCCUGUCUGGCCGCCGGCUUCCCCAACACCACCGCCGCAUACUCGACCAACCGCUUCUGCAGCUCCGGCCUCAAGGCCACCCAAGAUAUCGCCAACCAGAUCAUGGCCGGUGCCAUCGAGAUCGGUGUCGCCAUCGGUGCCGAGUCCAUGACAGACGGCGGUGACCGCCUCACCCGCCCCUUCGUCGACGAGAUUGUCAAUGCCAACCAGGACGCCGCCGACUGCCUGCAACCCAUGGGUCAGACUUCCGAGAACGUCGGCAAGGACUUCGACAUCUCGCGUCAAGAGCAGGACAAAUAUGCCGCAGAAUCAUACCGCCGUGCCGAGGAGGCUCAAAAGGCUGGCUGGUUUGACGACGAAAUCACCCCCAUUACCGUCAAGGUCAAGGACCCCAAGACUGGCGAGGUCAAGGACGUCAAAUUGACCAGAGACGAGGGUCCACGCUACGGCACUACCGCUGAGGCUCUCGGCAAGAUUCGCCCUGCUUUCCCCGACUACGGCGACCGCAGCACCGGUGGAAACAGCUCUCAAGUCACCGACGGUGCCGCCGCCGUCCUCCUCAUGAAGCGCUCAAAGGCCCUCGAACUUGGCCAACCUAUCGUAGCCAAGUUCGUCGGUGCCACCGUCGCUGGUCUCGCUCCUAGAAUCAUGGGUAUCGGCCCUUCGAUCGCUAUCCCCAAACUGCUUUCCAAGUACCAACUCUCCCUCGACGACAUCGAUGUCAUUGAGCUCAACGAGGCUUUUGCUUCCAUGGCUGUAUACUGCCGUGACACUCUCAAGAUCGACUGGAGCAAGAUGAACAUUCGUGGCGGUGCCAUUGCCCUCGGACAUCCUCUGGGCGCCACCGGUACGAGACAGAUCGUCACCGGACUCAGCGAGUGCAGGAGACAAAAGAAGAAGAUUCUGCUCACGAGUAUGUGCAUUGGUACUGGCAUGGGCAUGGCGGGAUUAUUUGUCAACGAGCAGCUGUAA